AUGGCACCUUUCAACAAGGUUCUUAUGAUUUUCACUUUCUUGUUCCUUGCCUUCGUCGAUGCCAGACUCAAAUCUCAGGAGUUUCGUAUGUUUACCGGAAAACCAAAAUUUCCAAUACCCUUCCCUAUCUUCGGAUCAGAUGAUGACACUGGCAAUAAUUACAAUGAUCAAAAGAUUUCUCAGGGAGUGAACAAGCCUGAUUUCGAAACACAAUCCAUUGGGCGUUGGGAGGUGAUUUCUCAGGAGUCGGGUGUAUCCGCCAUGCAGAUCAAUUUGAUGCCCACAAACAAGAUCGUUGUGUAUGAUGCCACCGUUUACCGUGUCUCUAGACUCAAAUAUCCAAAAGGGGUACCAUGUGUUCCAUUCAAAAAUGAGAAUACUAAACAACAAUUACUUGAUUGUUUUGCUCAUUCAAUGGAAUACGAUAUUGAGACAAAUCAAGUUAGGCCACUCAAGGUAACAGCAGAUCCAUGGUGCUCAUGUGGAGGGCUUACACCUGAUGGUACACUCGUGAGUGCUGGUGGUUUCGCAGAUGGAGGAAAAACAAUCAGAUACGUUGGUGGUGGUAAUUGCAAAGAUAAGAACUGUGAUUGGAGGGAAUAUAACAAUAAAUUGAAAGAGGAAAGAUGGUAUGGAAGUCAAGCAAUCCUUGCCACAGGAGACUACAUUGUGAUAGGAGGCCGAAGAUCCUUUAGCUAUGAAUUCAUCCCAACAAAGGAAGGUCAAGCCCCCGACAAACCCUACUUCUUCCCAUUCCUCUAUGAAACCUCAGACAUUGAUGAAAACAAUCUCUACCCUUUUGCCCACCUCUCCACCGAUGGUAACCUCUUUAUCUUCUCCAACAACCGCUCCCUCCUCCUCAACCCUACUAGCAACAAAGUGGUCCGCACUUUCCCCGUCCUCCCCGGCGGCUCCCGGAACUACCCGGCUUCCGGUAUGUCCGCUCUCCUCCCUAUAAAGCUUGAUGAUGCCACCAACGUCAACAACGGUGGCGGCGUCAUCAAGGCGGAGGUCAUUGUCUGCGGAGGCAACACUCAUGACAGUUUCUAUUUAGCCGAGACACAAAAAUUGUUCCUCCCAGCUCUUAAAGAUUGCAACAGGAUGAUAAUCACAGAUCCUAAGCCUAAGUGGGAAUCAGAAGAGAUGCCUUCGGGGAGAACUAUGGGUGAUGCUAUGGUCCUCCCUAAUGGACAACUAUUGUUCAUCAAUGGUGCACAAAAGGGCACAGCUGGAUGGUGGGAUGCAGAUCAACCUAACUUCACGCCAGAGCUGUAUAGCCCAGAGAAGCCUAAGGGUCAGAGAUUCAAGGUGUUGAAGCCUACCCAGAUAAGUAGAAUGUACCACUCAACCGCAGCAGUGCUUCCCAACGGCAAGAUUUGGGUUGCUGGGAGCAACACACAUGAUACCUACAAGGACAAGGAUAAAUUCCCAACUGAGACAAGGGUUGAGGCAUUCUCUCCUCCUUAUCUAGAUCAGAAUCUGGACAAGUUCCGGCCUCAAAUCGUUGUGGACUUAUCUUCGAAGAAGUUAAGGUAUGGUCACAACUUUCAGACGCAUUUCUCGGUGAACGACAUUGAUGGAGGUAAUAUGUUGACCAAGAAUGACAUUAAGGUCACUAUGUAUUUUCCACCCUUCACCACACAUGGGGUCAACAUGAAUCAAAGGCUUUUGGUCCUCAAGAUUAAGAGCAUUGCUGAAGAGCCCAACGGGAGUUACAAGGUUAAACCGGAGGCGCCGCCGUCGGGUAAGGUUGCUCCUCCGGGCUACUACCUUCUCUUUGUUGUCCACCGUGGGGUGCCUAGCAAGGGAAUGUGGGUCCACAUUCAGUAG